AUGCGCUCCGUACGUUCAUCUGCAGCGCGCAGAAUCCGCGCAUCGCUCACUUCCGAAACUACGACUUCGUCAUUUCGCACACGACAGGGCGUAACGCCAUGCCUCCUCUGCGCACACCGUAUACCGCCCCAGACAAUAUCGCGUAGAUUCCAGUCCACAUCAUCUGCUCCCAAUACUGUCGAAAAGCCAUUCGAGACGCAGAACACCACAGCACAAUCGUCGCAAAUCCCACAGACACACUACUCCUUCUUCCCGAAAUCCCUCCCGUCCGGCCCGCCCCCAGACGGCCCUUUCGCCAUCGACCUCUCUGCCCUGAAGAAAGAAUUCCUCCAAUUACAAGCCCGCGCCCAUCCCGAUCUACAUCCCCAAGCAGACAAGAAACGCGCCGAAGCCCUCUCAGCACGCAUCAACGAGGCCUACAAAACGCUUCAGAACCCGCUUUUGAGAGCACAAUACCUGCUAUCUUUACGCGGAAUCGAGGUAGCAGAAGACGAGACAGCGAAAGUCGAGGACCCGGAGCUGUUGAUGGAGGUGCUGGACGCGAGAGAGAACAUAGAGGAGGCAGAGAGCGAAGAAGAUUUGAUAGAGAUGAGGGAAAGGAAUGAGGAGAGGAUAGCAGAGAGUACCGAGAUAAUUGACCAGGCGUUCAAGAGGGAUGAUCUAGAUGCUGCGAAGAGUGAGGCGAUCAAGUUGAGGUAUUGGGUCAACAUAAAAGAAAGUAUUGAGAACUGGGAGAAGGGGGUGCCAGUCGUGCUGCAACAUUAG